AUGUCUACUGUUGAAAUUAUCGGUACGCGUAAAACACUUUGGUGCAUUACUAGAAACAAUAAAUCUAUUUUCAAAGCUACCGCAGGAGUAGACAAUGAUAUUUACGAUCUUAAAGAAAUUAUUGCAGAAAAAAUUCCUAACGUAAAAGCUAUAAGUCUUGUGCUUUGGAGAACGAAUCUCGAAAAUAAUAGAAAUAUAUCUCUUGAUGAAAGUUUGGACGAUAGAAUAGAAAAUGAAGCAGAAAAGGUUGGAAAUGUUUUUACUGAUGACGCAGGAAGCAAUAUUCGAAUUAUAGUUGGAUUAUCAGUUAACACCGAUGAACAUCAAGGGCAACGGCCACUCUCACUAUCUGCUGAAUCAAGUCGUUACAAGAGGACAAAAAUGUUAGCGGAGGAUUGGGGAAAAGACACCAGAAAAAUUACAUUAUUUGCGAGAACCGCUAUUGAUUUAGACUUGAACAAGGAA